ACGGUGGUUACAUCUUUGCUUAUUUCAUAUUUGUAUUCUUAUAUUUAAAAAUGUUUGUAUUAGUAUAAAAAAAAGGAUAUAUUGACCGUUCAUGGAAUAAGUAUCAUUGUAGCAACUUUACGCUCACAUUGCGUGUGCGUAGAGUGUGGAAUCGGUGUGCGCAUGCGUCAACGUGAUCAGCUGUUUAGAACGUAGUCAGAAACCAUUUUUACACGGAGGCGUGUAUCUCGAUCGAAAUGUUGCUCUUUCGCGGAGUUUUCGAGCCUUGGAUGAAGAACGAUCGUGUUAUAAAAUAUUUUCUUUUGCCACGGUGAAUAUUUUCAGAGUUUCGAAAGGUCGAUGUGACACGUUCAACACCGGAAGUUUUUCUUUGGUAGCACCACGUCAGAUUUUUGCAGUGGUGUGGUAGUGGUGGUAGUGAUGAUUGUGUAUGCGUAAAAAACAUGGAUGUUCGGUCGGCGCACAUUUUAACACAAUUUAUAUUAUGAGAUUUCUGUGAAAGGAAAGAUGAAGUUUCGUGUGAUUUUCGUAUAUUGGGCACUACUUUUUACAUCGGUUGUGUCUAGUGGACUGUUAUUUCUAAUAGUUGCUUCAGAAAGUACAGAAGAUAGGACAGGAAUAGAAAAUGAUGGAAAUCUAUAUAUGUUUGACAAUUUUACAACUAAUGAUGAAAAUGAGAAGUAUGAGAUACCGGAGAUUACAAUUGCUCAAGUACGAAGUCCAGCAAUAGAGAAUGAAUUUCUCGAGGAAAGUGCUACCAAAGUAACUUCUAGUUUUGAUACUGUAAAUACAUUGGAUGAUCGUGUGGAAAAUGAUUUGGAGAUUAUGGCAGAAAGUAUCAUACAACAGCCUAAUCUUUCGCAAGGAAUUUCGGAGACUGGGCAAGCAGUUGUAUUGACAUUGGUGGAUACAGCAGCAGCAGAAUUGCAGAACCUAGCUGAGCCAAAAAUUGAACUCGAUUCACAUUCGUCCGUAAAGAAUUCGAGUACGAAGAGUAAUGAUAGGAGAUAUCCCGAGGAUAUACACGAUGCUGAACCAUCCACGCAGAUACCGAGUCCUUCAACGAUCGAGGAAGAAAGUAUCGAAGAAGAUAACGAUACGAAUAUUUUGUCGGACGAGGAUGAACUUCUGGGAUUGCAUGGGACACCGCAUGGAAGAAAUGUUAACGAGAAAACUGCUGACAUCGUGGUGGUCGUCAGAGCUGAGCAACAAAAGGUCGCAGUGGAUGCCGUCGAUGCCGUUCAAUCAGAAGUUCGAUCGGAGGAGGAGGAAGAAGUCGAGCUACCGGAAGAUUUGGCCAAAGUCGAGGAAGCUUUUGGGACUGCAUCCGAGUUGAACGAUACCGCAGCGAGAGUUCGAUUGAUCAGUGGAGGCAAUAGGGACGACGUGGCUGCUGCAGUGAUCAUCGAUGGUCUCGUUGCAUCCGGGCCAUCCGACUCGCACGAGGAUAUACCAUCUUUUAGCGAAUGGGCACAGAAACGAUUGGAGGAGGCAGAAAAGAAGAAGACACAUCCAAACGCCUCGGUGCAAAAUCCAGGAGGACCAGGUCGAGGUAUGGGCGGUAUGAAGGUCCGUUCGAAGAACUAUGCUUCUCCGGAUUGCGGUGCGAAGAUCGUUGCUGUUAAUCCGGAAGCUCAACACGCUAAAAGCGUAUUGGCUGCCACGAGGGACGAGUACAUGUUGAAUACUUGUACCUCACGCGUCUGGUUCGUGGUAGAACUCUGUGAAGCUAUUCAGGCAAAGAAAAUCGAGUUGGCAAAUUUCGAACUGUUUAGUUCGUCGCCAAAGGAAUUCUCCGUUUACGUUAGCGAUCGUUUUCCAACGCGAGAUUGGAGUCCGGUUGGUCACUUCACCGCGAAAGACGAGAGAGACAUUCAAAGCUUCGCAUUGCAUCCUCAACUCUUUGGACAAUUUAUCAAAGUGGAACUUCAAUCUCAUUACGGUUCCGAACAUUUUUGUCCGAUUUCUCUCUUUCGUGCUUACGGUACGAGCGAGUUCGAGGUACUCGAAACGGAAACGGAGAAUCAGAUAUCAAGGGAAUCGAGUUCUGAUGCCGAAGACGACGAGGACAACGACGAAGAGGAGGUACUUGAUGCCGACGGUGUUCCUUCGAAUCUCUUUGGUAGCGCUAGGGACGCCGUUCUCAGUAUCGUUAAAAAAGCUGCAGAAGUUCUGGUUAAGUCUAGCGACUUGACUGGGAACAACAUAACGAAGAUUCAACAGAGCAUCGAUUCUGGCACCAUAUUAGAAAAUUCCUACGACAGUUGUACCACACCUAGAUAUACCAUUCUCUGUCCUAAAUGUUCCGAUCAAAAAUUUGCCAAAGUUUUUCAAUUGGUCGGCUGCAGGGAUCGACAAUUGGACGAUCUUCUGAAGAACCAUCUGGUGAACGAGACUCUUAGAGAAGAUGGAUUAUGUGCCGAUCAUGGUAUCGAUAUAUCCUCGAUCGAUCGAACGAAGGAAGAAAAUGGAAGCAGAUCAAAAAGUAAGGCAAGAAAUCUUCAGGCAACAUUUUUCUCUUCCGUCUUCAAGCCUGAGUACAUAGUCGCGCUUUGCAACGUAUUGGCAACGAAAGAACGCAAAGUGGUGAUGAACACUAGCUACGAGAUCCCUGGCAGUGAAUCGGAGAACGUGACGCAGAAAGAUACUAUAUUAAAAGCGGAAAUCACCGAUAAGAGCACCGACCUUCCUAUGGUAUCCCCUCCAUUACAAAUCACUACCACAUCUGUGACAUCUCCGAAGGAUACCAAACAACGUCAAGAAUCUUCUAAUGAAAAAUUGGACUCUACGACUUCAACAUUAGUCGGGAGCUUAUCCAGCAGCGAGAGUUUGGCUUUACAAAUAAAACCAACAAAAACUUUGAGCAAAGAGGAUCUAGGAAGAAAAGAGCCAUCUUUAUCUAGUUUGGAACCUAGCAAAGAAACGGCGGAAGAGACUUUACAAGGUGAAAUUAUUACAACUGCACCGCUUGUUAAAAAUUUACCAACACCAACGUUGAAAGUCGUUGAAGAAUUGUCGAUCUUUGGAGCAACCGAAACGGCAACUCAAACUGUAACUAGUGUCCCAAUAGCAAAUUACGUUACUCAAGAAAUCAAUAACAAUCUUCCUUCAACUCUAAUUGAAUCCGGUGAAACUAUUACUCAGAGUAGAACUGAAAGGACAGAGAAAAGUGAAAACGUUGGAACGAAGAAAUUGGAACAAGUGGAAAUUGAUGGUAAAGGGAAGGGAGAGCCUAGUGAACAAGAAGGGAAAUUAUCUUCUCAAGAUCAUCUGAAUUUUGACACAUUGCUUUCGGAUUUGAAGGACUUAGAAAACGAUGCGAUCAAUUUGCAAAACGGACCGGCUGCUGCCUCGAACGCGCAACCGACUGCAAGUACGACGCCACAGCAAAAAGAGUCAGUUUUCCUCAGGUUAUCCAAUAGAAUCAAGGCACUCGAAAGGAACAUGUCUCUGAGCGGUCAAUAUUUAGAGGAGCUGAGUCGACGUUACAAGAAGCAAGUGGAAGAAAUGCAACGUUCUUUGGAACGUGCUAUAACGGCGAUGAGCGAGGAGUCGAGAAAAGGUGAGGAACGUGAUUUAAAGAGACUCGACGAAAUCGCUGCUUUACGAGAAGAGAUCGCAGUACUCUCGAAAUCGGUCGAAUCGAUUCUACAUGAUCGAGACAGUUGGCGUGGAAGAUUCUCUGCUAUUGGCCAACACGCUCUUCUCAUUUGCCUCGAAGUAUUCGUGGUUAUUCUUAUCCUUUCUUAUUGUCGAAGAGCCACCGAUUACGAGGAGGAAGACGAAGAACAGGCAACGUCCAAGAAAAAUACAGCACGUAGAAAAAGUGUUGAAAAUCUACCGAACGCUUCAGCUAUUAGCAAAAAGAUCAAGAAACGACGACCCAGUGAGAUCGCCUCUCAUAUUUCAACCACUUAUCACGAUCUUAUGAUCGACGAUCACUGCCACGAAACCAAAAAGGAACGAAAAAGGAAACGUAAGAAGGAAGCAAAUGCAAAGAUCGUUGUUGGUAUUGAAGGAAAACGGGAAGCGAUCAAAUAUAAAAGUACUUCGAGUCUUGUACCACCGACGAAUACGUUCGUUUCAACGAAAAGAGCUUCGUCCACUGAUCCACCGAAAGUCGAAGAGAUACAAGUUCAACAUAGCCAAGUCAAAGACUCGAAAUACAUGACGAAUAUCACAAGUGGACUGACCAAUGAAGAGAAAAUGAUUUAUAGUAUGAAAGAAUCGGAAACGACUCGUGAAAGUAAUGUUAUGCUUAGUCGUUCAGAAGAUAAUGAUUUUAUCGAGACACGUUUGUUUUCAAUUAAUCCUGAUAGAUCUAUCAUACCUGUCUCUACCUCACAGACUACUGAUUUUUCCAAAAAUGGCUCUUCCAAGUACGGUGGGAUAUUGAAGGAAGGAAGACUAAGUUCUCCGUCCUUCAUGAAGACAGCUUUAGGAGCAAGAAAAAAGAGAAGUUCGAUUAACAACUCUGGCCAAACACAGCAAAGUAGUAAAGAAGAAAAAUGGGAAACUAAUUCGGGAAAUUCUUCGAGCGAUAGAUCGUCUCAUAAGGAAUCUCCUGAGACGUCGAGAACUCUUUUGGUACAGGUUGGCAAUGUAAACGGUAGUGCUGCGAACGGUUUAUUGGAUGAAAGUGACGAAUCGAGAAGUAGUAGCGUUACUCCGACUUCGUGGAAAAAAGAGAAGAAAAGUAGCGGUCUAAAGAAGAUGGUGAGAAAGAUUUUUUGAUUGAAGUAGAUCCUUGCCAGUGUGUGAUACCACGGACCUGCUAGUUGUUCGAAAAAAUAAUUGUCGGAAUGAAUUAUCUCGUCUUUCUUCGCAAACAUAUUCAGAUUUCAUUUUUCUGUUUUCUUUUCUUUUUUUUCUGACGGUAAAGUCAAAUUAUUUAUGGUUUUAAAGUAUACUGGGUCCUAUGGACUCUAUCGAUGUGUCGUCGAUCAAGUAUCGACAAAGUCAUUAUUUCUUUCAUAUGUUUAAUGAGAUAAAACAGCUAAAAGACUUAUAUAGGGUGUAAUAAAACUACGCGGCGAAACUGUAGCGAUGAAUACCUCAUAUGUAGAGAAGACAAAAAAUUUGUUCUAUCAACAUUAAUUAAAAUUAAUUCUUAAAUUUUUAGUUAGGAGACUUUCAAGCGUUAUCUUAGUGUACUGCAAUUAUGUUUAUUUGUUGGAAUUGCGAUACAUCUUUUACUUGAAUAGAGGUCUUAGCUCAUCGUCCCAUCGAGUUACGAACAAUGCUCCAAAAUUCCUAGCUUUGAAGCUUGUUAGAUAUUGUUGGAGUUUACAUAUAUUAUGUCUUUGUUAUUCAUUCUAUUGCGUUGAUGAAUUUACUCAAAUGAUUGAAUUCGCGUCAAUACGUUUCUUUUAUGGUUUUGAGAAUGUCAGUGCUCUAAGAUCAUACUUGGAAGUUUUAUAACUCAGAAAUUAAGCAUUUUCAGAUUCAUAUUGAUCUAGAUAAAAUCUAUUUUUUUCUCUAUAUAUGAAAAAUUCAUUCGUGAAGUUUUGUCGUGUAAUUUUGUUACAUCUUGUAUGCAUAUAAUUCCUCAUAUAUUUAAAAACAAAGUAAAAUUUUUUCAAAAUAGAUUUAUAGUUUAAAAAACUUCGAUAAAAUAUAAAUGUCUUGCAGCGAUUAGUCAUAUAUAGUCAGUGAUUAGAAAAUUAUCACAAAUUAGAGAGACAUUAGAAAUAUUCUUUUCAAUUCCAUUCGGUAUAUAUACAUAUAUGUGUGUAUAUAUAUAUAUACAUACAUAGAUAUAUAUAUACAUAUCGUUUCUUUUUUUUUUUCUUUUAACAUU